AUGCGCUGGUCGAAGUGGUGGUGGGUGGUGGUGGCGCUGCACGCGCGCUCCCUCGCGCAGUCCAACACACCGACCGUCUGCGAGGAAGAAGCGUGUCGCUGCGACCCCUUCACUAGAGUCAUAUGCACUUGCACCCAAGAUUAUCCCGAGGUGACCCUACGACCUGAUGGAGCUUAUAGAGUCCCCUCUACUGCUACUGGCAUUAUUAUAGAUAACUGUUCGCGGGUGACCUUCCUGCCCGACACCGUACGAAGUCUCAUACAACUUCGCAACAUAGAACUAAGAAAUGUGGAUCACGUCGUCAUUAACGAGCGAGCCCUAUCUUGGUCUCCGUUCUCCACACUGAACGAAAUGAACCCAGGACUACGGAUCUCGAUAACCAACAGUACGAUAGACGAGAUUGCGUCUCACGCAAUACAGGGACGCGUCAACGAUGUUGUCAUUAGCAAUAGUAGGAUUAAAGUGCUGAAGCCCUUCGCCUUCUCCAGCCUCACUGGAGUCAAUACUAUAGACUUACAAGAUAAUGUUUUUGAGAACAUUGAAAUUCAAGCGUUUAAAAAAUUCACUGUAGACAACUUUAUGCUGCGCGGGGGCAGUAUAAAUACACUACCGAGCAGGUUCCUGUCUGACGUGGAAGUCACCAACCUGUUCCGUAUGGAAGGAGUAUCUGUUAAGUAUUUGUAUAGUUUAACUUUUCUUGUCAGUUCACCAAAGAGGGUCCUUAUAGAGAGUAACACAAUAGAAACAUUGGAAGGAGAUGGAUUUCACAUAGUUACGAGAGGGCCAAUAACAUUUAGAAAUAAUACAGUAACCAAUUUGAGGAAAGGCGCAUUUUUCGGAUUCACCGUGGAUUUGGGGAUAGCGUCGGUGAUGGGACCUCAGGAGCUACUAAUUGAUAACAAUACCAUUACUAAUUUAACACCGGCCUCAUUAAUGUACAACCGUACGAGACUGACUUUGAGGGUCGAUGGACUGAACCUGAAUACAUCAUGCGCUUGUGAAUUGGCAGAACAGUGGCGUGAAGUGUUGAAAGAACAAGGUGGAACAAUAACGUGCUGGUAUGAGCUUGAGGGCUACUACAUAUCGCUGCCAACUUACGUGGACAGUAGGUGCGGACCGUUCAAACAAAACUUCUGGAUUUUUGUGCUCAUAGGUGUCAUUUUAGUGUUAAUUCUAGCGGCCAUAGCCAUAUUCUUUAUAGUUAGACGAGAGAACGAAAAGAAGAAGAAAGUGCAGAUAGUCAUGCCAGACGGAAAGACUUACAGGGAAACCGAAUUCCACAUAGUUGUUGAGAGAGCCGAGCUCCUUACUACAGAUUUAUGA